AUGGACAGCCUCCCAGCUCACAACCCGAUGAAGGUGCUAGACCGUGACCCGAUCGUCAAGGCCGACCCAGGCUACGUCAAUAUCUGUUUCGCCAGCCGCUCUAGCAGCUUCGCUUUGACCUUCAAGGUCAGAAAAUCGCACAUGUUCAAGGACGUCAAGGCCGCCUUCGGAGCUUGCACAGAUCAGCAACCCGGUGGCCUCGUCUACACGUUCAAGGGUCAAGUCGUUGAGGACGCCAAUACUUCAGAGCAGCUGCGCCUGAAGAACGGAGACAUGGUCGAGGUCGCCGCCGUUGGUGAUGCCGACUUCACCGGAGCUUGCAGCGAGCAUCGUCGUGUUACGGAGCUCGAUCGCCAAGGGUUCCAGUGCAUCUCGGUCAUGAACGCCGGAGAGUCCUUGGUCGUGAAGGUUCGCCUGCUCAGUGGCUACACACAGCCGUAUUGCAUUAAGCCAAACACCCAAAUGAGCAAGCUUGUGGCCGACUUUGAGCAGCAGGUCGGAGAGCAAGACCUCAGGUUCAUCACUUUCGACGGGGAUCAUCUUCACGGCCGCCGCAAUUGCACCGCAGAAAAUGCCGAGAUCGAGGACGGGGACACCAUCGAUGUGUUCCGCGAGCAGAUUGGUGGAGGAGGCACGCUCAUCCAGAAGUUCGAAGCAUUCUUGCGAGUGCCUCAAAGACAUGGCAAGUGA